GUAGCGAAGAAUCGCCGUCCUGUGCCGGUGUAGGCUGUUCUAUUUGUGUUUGUGUGUGCGCGUGCGUCGUUUCAUAUUAUUUUGUGCGGCCGAUUUUAUUAUUAUUAUUGUUAUUAUCAUUGCUGUUGUUGGUGUUUCUACGGCGAGUGCAGUUGUUUGUCCACGGUAUUGUUUAUUGUUUGCCGAGGUCUCGUCUUGCGCAAAACAACACCAUGAGGCACACGUGACCCUCGGCCAUGCGCCGACAAGCGACAUGGAUGAGAAUUUGUCCACGGCUUGUCACCACAAUCGAAGAUGACUGGCGGUAUUGAACAAUGUCCGUUAUCAGAAAUUCUAACACAGCCGUAUAGAUGAAGUUAUAUCCGGGGUGGCAAGUUUGGCUCUUGGCGUGCAUUUCAUUAGUAUUUUGUCAAGAUGACAUUGGUACCAAAGAUGCGACCAAAGGGUCCACUAUGCCAGAGCAAACGAAAUUGUGGGAUUUGGGGCUUUCCACGCUUCAAAAACCAACUUCACCCAUCGGCGAAGAGCAGAUUGAAGACGAAUUAACUAAUAGUCCUACUACCACAGAAAAAAUUGCAGAAAAGCGAAAAUUUACCAUUCGGCCAUCUAAGGACUACGGGGAAUCUCGAGAAAUAUUUACAUCGAAAAUCAAUGAAACAGGCCCAUCAACUAUUAGGACUAGCAUUAGCUCUUCGACAAAAAAAUUUAAGGCCUUAUUGUCGGCCAGUUUAAAUAAAUCCGAUGCGCCUAAUACCGCAUCAGAAGAUGAAGUCGAUUCUACAACUACUUUUGACGGACUUACUAGAAAAUCGUUAGGAGAUAUUACCGAAAGAAAAAACAGGCAGCGUCUCGAUGGGUUGAGAGGCGUUACGACCAAUAGAGGAAAGGCUCGAUUCCAAAACGACCCUGGUACAGAAACACCAGAAAUCGUGACAACUCAACGACACAGACGACCGACGAGACUAAAAGUUACCGAACAAAGUUUCAAAGACGAUAUAGGUUCUACUCUGUUGAAUGAUGAUACAUUCGAGGCAACCACAAUUAUAGACACAUCAGAGGACGAACAAAGACCAAAGUUCAAAAAGCCUCCGUUAAUAGCAACUCAUCAUCCAAAUUUCGGAACUACUACCGAAUCUACACGACGACCGAAUCUGAGAUUAAAUUUGAACUUGAAGCAUAAAAUUUCUUCUUCAACUCUUAGAACCAGACUUCCCGAGUUGGAUAUCGUUGAAUCUGAGAUCGUCGCUCCUACUAACAAAACGCAAGAGUCGCUUACUAACAUCCAGUCAAAUAGUAUUAGACCGAUUAAGUUGAGUGCACAGAAAUCAUCUGUAGCGCACCAGCAGCCGAUACCGCCUACAGCGACUGCUUGGGCUCUAGCGUCACUAAAGGCUCCAAACAAUACGAAUAGAGUUUUCAAAAAACCUUUGAAUUUGACAAGUGUACAAGAACCAAUAGCUAAAAUCAAACCAUUUGUCACGUGGUCUUCAAGGUUACAAAAGAAUAACGAAGAAAAUACAACUACAACCACGGCGUCAAAUUUGCAGCGUACCACUGAGUUAAAUGAUUCUUCGACUGGUGCUCCGCUCAGGGAAACGUCGACCAAUUUGAGUUUCACCAGUUCGGUUCCCAUAACAACCUCUACGAUAACAACGACUACCGGACAAAACUUACUCGAAGAUCGAAUAGCUAAUAACGUUAGCGAAACAACGGUGGUGAAAAUCAGCGGUGGCGAUACUGAUCAGAAUAAAUACGAAGUUUACGGAACUCAAAAGCCCGAGGUAGAAAAUACAACUACCGUUAUUGAAACUUUACGGCCACCGACUCCUACGACGUCUUCGGAGUCGCAAGAAUCGAGUUUAUACCUUGUAACGUCGUACAAAUCGAUUUUGGAAAACAACAGCACCUCUGAAAGUCCAGCAAAGAUUUUCUCGUCACUGGAAUCUUCGACUUCGGAAGGAACAACGUUUAAAUAUCCCGGCGUUCCUGAAAAUGACUUCAUGUCAUCAUCAACCGACCGCUCGAAAGUUGAACCAAGCAGCGAACAAAUGCCAACGAGCGUAGAACGCGAAACGUCAUCUGAAGUGUCCAAGGACUUGAGUAGUACGACUUCGACCGAGUUACCCGAGUAUUCGGAAUCUUCAGAAGAACCAUCGGCCAAUAACGCGUCGACGACAACCGAAAAACAAGCAAGCAGUUCUAGUGCAGGUUUUGAGUUUUCUGACGUCAGUCUUGAUCAUCAAAAUCAUUCGACUACAACGGAAAAGUAUUUGGAGAAAAUUAAAACUAAACUGGAUGACAAAAUAACCGAGUCUACUAAUUCCCAAGAUUCGUACGAAAUGGUCGAUUAUACUCACCUGUUCACGUCAGAGCGGCCAGUGUCGUCUACCGAAAACGACAACCGAACAAAAUCGGCGUCAGAAAUAUCACCUUCGGAAGCUACAUCGGAGACCAACGAUGAACGCCAGACGUCUUCGCAGGGGCCGCCAAGCUGGUCUUACAGUCCCGACACGUUUUCAUUUUCCGACUUCGACUUCAACACGACCGACGGCCACGAAGACUCGGGCGAGGAAUUUCAGAAAAACGUCGAAGCGUCUUCGCAGAGUUCCGUAUCCUCAAGUGAACAGACCCCGGAGUCGGAUCUUUCGGAAAACGAUGUCCCCAUGUUUGCCAGUUCGACAACCACCACUACUACUACUACAACGUCCACGACGUCGACAACUACACCUAGACCAGAAACGACUCAAACACCUACUACAACGACAACUACACCUAGACCAGAAACGACUCAAACGCCUACCAUUCCGACCACUAUGAUGCCCACGACUACGUCUAGUACUACGACAAUUAAACCCAGACCCAAAACUACUGUCCCUCCACCCACUUCUACUACUCCUAAGCCUAUUACUACUACUGCACCUAUUACUACUACUACCCCUACACCCAUUACCACUACUACUCCUACACCUAUUACUACAACCUCUCCUCCUACGACUACUCCUACUCCUUAUAUUAUAACAACCACCUCUACCACCGCAAAACCAAGUACGACCACAAGACCCAAGCCAAUUACGGUUGUUACGACCACCUCGACGCCCGAUGUUGCUGUUGUCCAAUCGUAUUUAAAAGUGUUGGUUAAUUCGACGGCGUAUGACGUUUGCGAAAAUCAAGACGACCUUAAGGGUGCCAUUGUUAAACUCUUCGAGAGUGGCUCUGGAAAUGUGCGUACGGAAGACCAAAUUAAAUUCCUGAAUCUCGACGAACGAAACUGCAAUGAACUCGAUACUGAUAAAUAUCCAGUCGGAGUCGAGUUUUAUUUAAUUGGUUCUAAUGGCAAUUUCAGUACACAAGCUAACGAAGAGUUUAUCACUUUACUGGACAAUAACAGACUCGAUUAUAAACUAGAUGUGAUAGGAGUGGAAUUUUUGAAAAAAAUGUUAAAGAAUGACGAAGUUCAUAACGACGAAGAACAGAGUCCUAGGUUGACGGAAGCUAUGUACUUGGCUUGUAUAGCCGGUGUCUGUACCGUUCUUGUAUUGAUAUUGCUUGUCGUCCGCAAACGCCAAAAAAGGUUCAACUACGGGCAAAGGUGCACGCCGGUGUCUUUGGACGAUUACAGCAUGGAUAACAUUUCGGUUUACAAUAGCGUGAGAAGAAAAGGAGCUCUGAGGGCAUCAAAACGGUCUUAUGGAAAUCCGGCUUUCGACGACCCCACUGCGGUUUCGCAUCAGUUGAACUUUGCCGGUCUCGCUAGCUUCUCGGAAGACCGACCGGCCAUCGACGAAGAGUUCUCCAACAUACCGGUGAUCACGGUCAAGCCGGACGAACUGCCGGCCGACUGCGAGACCAAGAACCGCUACGCCAACGUGAUACCCUUGCCGGAGACCAGAGUCCUCCUGACGCCAAGACCGUCGGCCGGUCCGACCGCAGACUACAUAAACGCCAACUUUGUCAAGGGCUACAAGGGAGCGGACAGGUUCUACAUAGCUUGCCAGGCGCCGAUGCAGUCCACCGUGCCAGACUUUUGGCAAAUGAUUUGGGAACAAAACACUAGGGUCAUAAUGAUGGUAACGAGUUUGACCGAAAAAGGAGUGGAAAAGUGUGCCGAUUAUUUACCGCCUUCAGAAGUCUUAGACUGUCAUCGUUUGUUCGGAGAUUUUCAAGUGACUUUAAAGAAACGAGAAGUCAAAGAAAAGUUCAUCGUUUCCAGCCUACAACUGAAAAAUCUCGAGACAAACCUAUGGAGGGAUAUCACACACUUGUGGUACGGCGGUUGGCCGGCACAGGGUGUCCCGUCCGACUGUAGUGCCAUGAUGAAUUUCUUGAUGGAAGCUCGGUCGCAUAUGAAGUCUAACAUGGGCCCACACGUGGUGCAUUGCAGUCCGGGUACCGGCAGGACGGGCACGGUGAUUGCCUGUGACUUAGGUAUCCGAGAAUUUGAACUCACCCGAAACGUGGACGUGCCUAAGACCGUGUACAACAUACGAAGAUGUAGAGCCGGUGCAGUGCAGACCAGAGAUCAAUACGCGUUUAUCUACAAGGUGAUAAAUCUGUAUGCGAGCAAACUAUCAGGAGGAGUAUUGGACUCAAUUUGAGUGGUAGUCAAUUAGUUUUUUUUUUGUACAUAUUUGCCUAAUUAUUGUGUCUUUUUUUAUAACCUAUUAGAAAUUUAAGUAUGUUGUCUCUCUUCUAAGCGCGGUACGGGUCCCAAUGAUAAUGUGCGCAUGACUUUUUAUGAGCAACUAUUACUGUGUCUGUACUAUUUUUAACGUUACAAUAGAUCUCUCCAAUUCAAGACGUUAAUUUUUUUUAAAUAUAUUAUCCAUUGUUAUUUAUUAUCUUAAAUGACAUUCUGUUUCGUGAUAAGUUUAAAAAAAUUAAAAUUAUCAUUAUAAUUUCUAUUCGACCAGAAGAAGAAUUCCACAACAAUAAUUAUUGUUGUCAAUGGUAUAAUCAUUUAUUACAUUAUUUUAUUCGUGUUCUUUUUUACAUUAAUAUGCUAAUCUUUGUUGACUGCGUACCGCGUUAAUUUUGUUCGAACAAAUUAGCCCAAUGUUUGUUGUUUAUAAGCGUUGACGACUUAAUCGUUCUAAUCGUGUUUAAUGAUAAAACAAAAAAAGUUCCUCUUUUUAUAUAUAUUUUACAUUCUGCUAAUAAAAAAAAAAAAAACCAUAAAAAACAAAUCUAUAAUUAUAACAGUACUAUUAUUACUAUUAUGAUAUGAUUUCAAUAUCCAUAAUAUCCCAUUUAGGUGCUUGUAAGUAAUUUAAUAUCCGAUAAUUAUUGUUAUAUAAAUAUAUAUUUUUAAAUUAUUUUUUAAGCGUGUGUUGAUUCCCGGUAACCAAAUAGUGAUUUACUAUGAUAAUAAAAAAAAAGAAAAUAUUAUCUCAUCGAAAAACCGUAGAACUCAGACCGAGUGAUACAAAACAUAAUAUUUUCUCUUUUGGCCGUUUUUUGUUUGUUUCUUUCUUUUGCAUUUGUUAAUUUGUAACACCCUAACAAUACCUUUACCUUGAUUUCUCUCUCUAGUGUGGCAUACGGCUGUUAUAUAUUAUUAUCGUUAUGAUAUGUUUUUGUAAAAUAUUAUAAUGUAGAAUUCAUCUAAAAACAAAAAAAAACAAAAAACAAUAGAAGA